UCUGUAACACAGGAUUGCAGCUAAUAUUCGCCCAUUUUGUGGAGUAGUUAUUGUGUUGAAGUAGCUGCUAGCCAGUAAAGGACUAAGUGCUUAGAGUUUGAUUCUGGCAGACUAGUAUUAUACCUUUGUGCUCCUUUGCUAGAAGCCCAAUAGUGCAGUCUUCCAACUGGUUUUUUUUACAGAAGGGGGUGUGUCUGACUGCCUGUAAAAGAAUGUCUCUGGGGGGUUUUGAGCAGGGAAGGAUAAAGAAGCUCCAGGAUGAGCGAGAGAGCAUUCAAAAGAAGACAUUUACAAAAUGGAUGAACUCUUUUCUUGACAAGUCUGGUCUCCACGUCAACGACCUAUUUGCCGACCUCAGCGAUGGGCGUCUGCUCAUCCGUCUCCUGGAGAUUAUCUCUGGGGAGAGGAUCGGGUCUAUUGGACGAGGGAGACUCAGGAUCAACAAGAUUGAGAACGUGGGGAAGGCCCUGCACUUCUUGCAGGAGAAGAAGGUGAACCUUGAGAACAUUGGCGCUGAGGACAUAGUGGACGGCAACUCUCGACUCAUUCUCGGCCUCAUCUGGACUGUCAUCCUUCGCUUUCAGAUACAAGACAUUCAGCUUGAGGAUGAGAGCAGUGAGAUGAAGUCAGCGAAAGAGGCUCUCCUGCUCUGGUGUCAACGCAAGACUGCAGGCUAUCCUGGAGUAAAUGUGCAGAAUUUCCACUCCAGCUGGAGAAACGGUCUCGCCUUUAAUGCUCUCAUCCACAAACACAGACCCGACUUGAUAGACUACAGCGGACUGAGGCCAGGCCAGCACAUAACCAACCUCAACAAUUCAUUUGACGUGGCAGAGAAGGAGCUGGGAUUGCCUAGUCUACUGGAUGCAGAGGAUAUUGAUGUUGCCCGCCCUGAUGACAAGUCCAUCAUGACCUACCUGGUCUCUUACUACCACUACUUUUCCAAGAUCAAGGCCGAGGAAACAGGUGGGCGUCGCCUGAACAAGAUCAUUGGGAUAAUGGUGGACAUAGAGAACCUGAAGCAAGACUACGAUGCCAUGGCCACCAGUCUACUGGCGUGGAUUGAGGCCACCAUUGGUCGUCUUGGAGACAGACGGUUCCCCAACACUCUGCCUGAGGUACAGAAACUGAUGGGAGAGUUUAAGAGCUACCGUACGGAAGAGAAACCACCCAAGUACACAGAGCGCUGUAACCUGGAGGUGCAGCUGUUCAACAUUCAGACUAAACUGAGAGCAGCCAAACAGAAGACCUGGUAUCCCCCCGAGGGAAAACUCGUAUCAGACAUCAACAAGGCGUGGGUUCGUCUCGAGGGGGCGGAGCAUGGCCGAGAGGCAGCCCUGAGGAAGGAGCUCAUGAGACAAGAGAAACUGGAGCAGCUGGCCGACAAGUUCACUCGGAAGGCAGGGCUACGAGAGGCGUGGCUUGGGGACAUGACACACAUCCUGGGAGAGUUGGACAAGGGAAAGGGAAUGCACGCUGUAGAUGCUGCUCUGAAGAGGCACGAAGCUAUCAGUGCCGACAUUCAAGCUGGGGAACCCCGUAUUCAGAUGGUGCGUGGGAUCUCACAGGAACUGACCAAUGAGAGGUACCACAAUGCCACGCCCAUUGCCGAUAGAUGUGCUGUCAUCAACAAGAAGUGGACAGAGCUCCAGAAAAUAUUGGAUGAGUUGCGUGGGACCCUCUCGCGUUACCAUGACCUCAUGUCCGUGUUCUCUGAGAUGGAGGACUGCUUAACGGAUAUGAGACAGCUAGAGUCCUCCCUCCGCUCUGAAGACUAUGGGAAGCACCUGCUGGGAGUUCAAGACCUACUGCAGAAACACAACCUCCAAGCUGCUGACCUCAGCUCUCUGGGAGACAGAGUUGCAGUGCUAAAGAAACAGGCUGUCAGAUUUGUGGAUGAAUCCCACCCUGACAGUAGUAAGAUCCAGGAUAAGAGCAGUGAGUUAGACCGCACCUUCCAGAGACUAUCCACACUAGCCAAGACACGUCACAGCAAACUGCAGGAGUCGCUCCGGGUGCAGGAGUUCUUCCUCCAAGUUGAUGAAGAGGAGUCGUGGAUUCGGGAGAAAGAGCCGCUUGCCUCAUCAGCAGAUUAUGGCCGAGAUGUAAAAGGCGUGGUAAAACUACAGCAAAAACACCAGCUGCUGGAGGCAGAGAUACAAGGUCGACAACCACACUUCCAGUCACUAUGUAAAACGGGAGAGAGGCUUGGUUCCCAUGGAAACCUUUCCAGCAAGGUAAUUGGACAUCGGGUGAGCAUGCUGCAAGAGCGCUGGAAGAAGCUCAACGAUAUGGCUUCAGGUAGAAAGUCACGACUGGAAGAAGCGGAACAACUGCAGCAGUACUACUCUGACGCGAGUGCCGCAGACUCGUGGAUGAAGGAGAAGGAUUCUUUGGUGACCAGCAAAGACACGGGAAGAGAUGAACCCUCUGCCAAGAGCCUCCUCAAUAGUCACGAGAAGACGGAGGCAGAGAUCAAGGUUUACAGUGCUGAGAUCGAUCGUCUCAAGGCAAUGAGUUCAAAGGUCAUCCAGGGCUCCAGUUCUAGUGGAAGAUUUGACCGCCUUGGAGCUCUGACCCCGAUGGAGGAUGACAUGGACGAAGAAGAGGUUGAAGUGGACGUAGAAGAGGAAGAGAUCCAAGUGAAGGAAGUUGAGCGAGAGGUCGUUACCGAGGUAACAGUCCAACAAGUCAAAUCUGCGUAUCGCUAUCAGGGACAAGGAAUGGGCUUUGAGAAAGGGGAGGUGUUCAUUUUACUGUCCAAAGCAAACAAGGACUGGUGGCAAGUGAAGAGGACUAAUGGGCAGGAAGGUUUCGUACCAGCCAACUACGUGCGGGAUAUUGAGCCAGCCAAGGUGAAGAAAGCAACAAAGAAGAAGGAGAUGGUCAGCGUCCCUGUGAAGGUCGUAAAGAAGAAGAUAGAAAAGAGAAAGGUUGCUCGUGCCUCUCGUACGGGGUCAAAGUCUGUGCUAGGUCGGAGGUCAAACACACUGUAUGGUGGUGGUCGCUCGGACAGCAGCACAGUGGCUACCAGGCAACAGGCCAUCAACACUGCAUACGACAGACUUGUUCAGGGGGCAGAGCUUCGACGCAAGUAUCUGGAAGAAGCCAUAAGACUGUUUGGACUGAUCCGAGAGUGUGAUGAGGUAGAGGUGUGGAUACGAGAAAAGGAGGCCAUCAUGAAGACUGAAGAGAAAGGAUCUGCCAAGGAAAAAGUGGAAUCUAUGCAGAAAAAAUUUGAUACCUUUGUGACGGACCUGACGGCUAUGAGUGCUCGUGUGAAGGGGUUGAACGAGGAGGCAGACAAGAUGUCCAAGUCUGGCCACACCCAUUCCCACAAGAUACGCUCACGACAGCAGCAGCUGAAUGACAACUGGCAGAGGAUACAAAAAUUGAAGGUCGACAAAGACGAGAACCUUGCCAAUGCACAGAGCUUGCUCCAGUUCCACCAGCUGUGUGACGAGACUCAGGCUUGGAUUAACGAGAAAGACCAGGCCCUGUCCUCUGACGAUACUGGUAGAGACCUUUCCUCAGUACAGGCGCUACAGAGGAGACAUCAGGCUCUGGAGAGAGAGCUUGCCCCAGUGGAGGAGAGACUCAGCAAACUGCGCAGCAUGGCUCGCAAGGUGGUGUCUAGGAACCCACAAGAGGGUCGAGCAGUUGAUGGUCGUCAGAACGAGAUUGCUACACUCUGGGAAAAACUGAAAGUGAAAGCCAACGAGAGGAAAACAACUCUAGACCAUGCCCACCAACUGCAGACUUUCCUCGCCGACUCUCAGGACUUGUUGAAGUGGUCGUCAGAGACGGUGACUGUGAUGUUCUCUGAGGACCUGGCUCGUGAUGUACAGGGGGCGGAGCUUAUGGUCACCCAACAUUCAGAGCUCAAGGCUGAGAUUGACACAAAGGAGGAGAAAUUUGAGCAGCUGCUCUCUCUGGGCAAGCGUGUGUCCAGUCGUCCUGGAUCGCACACUGAUCGGGUGGAGGAGAGGAUGAGGGGCGUGACCACUCAACGGGAGGCACUGCGCGAGGCCUGGGAGCGCAGGAGCAAGGAGCUCAAACAGUGCUCAGAAUUACAGCUGUUCCUAAGAGAUGCAGAACAGGUGGACUCCUCCAUCAGUGCUCAGGAGGCAUUCCUAGGCAACACGGACCUUGGAACCUCAGUGGACAAUGUGGAGGAACUGCUGACUAAGCACAACGAGUUCAUGCGCAAGAGCUCUGCCGUUGAUGACCGUGUGAGGACACUCAGUGAAAUGGCCAAUCGACUCGUCCACGCCGUACACUACGAUGCUGACAGUAUUUCACAAAGACGAGAGGCUGUCGUUCAGAGGAGGCAAAGGGUUAAAUCUCUUGAACAGCAGAGAACCAAUGAGCUCCAAGCAUCGUUGGCAUGGCAACAGUUCAGUCGAGAUGCUGAUGAGGUGAAUGCGUGGAUCAAUGAGAAGCUGAAGACAGCUUGUGACGAGAGCUAUCGUGACCCGACCAACCUCCAGACCAAGCUGCAGAAACACCAGGCAUUCGAGGCAGAGCUGGCUGCCAACAAGGGGAGGGUGGACGGUGUGUGUACAAAGGGCUCCGAGCUUAUUUCCGGGGACAACUACAUGAGUGAGGGUGUGCGGGAGAGGGUAGGCACGCUCACACAAGACUGGAAGAAACUGACCACAGCCUCUGCAGAGAAAGGAGGUCGUCUCAAGGAUGCCUGGGACUUGCACCAGUUCCUCAGAGCUGCCGAGGAAGAGCUCACAUGGGCCAGAGAGGCUGAGGCAUUGCUAGGCAAUGAGGAUAUCGGACGAGACCUUCAAGAGGUGCGAUUCCUGCUCAAAAAUCACGCCCAGUUGGAGGCAGACCUGGCAUUGCACACGGAGAAGGUGGGCGGACUGAAGGAUACCGGCAAGCAGCUGGUGCUGAGUCAGCACUUUGAUGCCAGCACUGUACGGAAGAAGAGUGACGAACUGAACAAGAAGUUUUCUUCUCUGGUCGAGCCCACUGAAGAUCGCAAACAACAGCUGGAAGACUCUCUCAAGCUUCAACAGUUUCUACGCGACGUUGAGGAUGUGCUCCAAUGGAUAAAAGAGCACCGACCGCUAGCUGAGUCAGCAGAUUACGGCAAAUCUUUGUUAGGUGUACAAAACCUCCAAAAGAAGCACCAGGCCGUACUAAAUGAAAUAUCUAGCUAUCAGUCCAACAUAGACUCUAUAAGUACUUCAUCUGAAGGGCUCCUAGAUAGCGGACAUUUUGCCAGUGAUGUAAUCUCUGAGCAGACAACUGAUGUGAACCACAAAUGGAGGCAAUUGCAAUUGUUGUCCGGGCAACGUACGCACAAGCUGGUCGAUGCUCUCAAGGCUCAGAGCUAUUAUCAGGAUGCCACUGAAGCUGACGUUUGGAUGAACGACAAGGCUGGUAUUGCCGCUAAUCAGGACUACGGCCGUGAUGAGGACGCAGCAGUGAAGGCCCUCAAGAAACACGGUGGUCUAGAGGAGGAGGUUGGGAGCUACCAGUCUGUCGUGACAGCCCUUCAAAAGCAAGCUGAGAGUCUGGUCUCAGGGGAUCACUUUGACUCAUCUAACAUCACUGCAAGACAGGCCCAGCUCAACGAGCAGCUGGCUGGUCUCCAAACCCUCACAGCUGCCCGCCGCUCUAAACUGGAAGAGUCCAUCAAGCUUCACCAGUAUCUGCAGGACGUGGAGGAGGUUCUGUCCUGGCUCGCUGAUAAAGAGGGUGUGGCCUCGUCUGAUGACUACGGCAAGGACUAUGAACACCUGCUGGUUCUGCAGAAGAAGUUUGAGGACUUUCAGCAUGAGAUCAGUGCGAGCACAGAGCGCUACUCUGCUGUCAACACACUGGCAAGGAAGCUAGUGGCAGAAGGACACUCGGACACCGUUCUUAUCAAGGAAAAACAAGACGCUGUCAGGGCUGGGUGGAACCUGCUCCAGGACCUUAUGCAGGCUCGCAACAAGAAACUAGCAGCUGCUCACGAGAUACACAAGUUUAACAGAGAUGCUAAAGAGGUCAAAGGUCGUGUCAUCACUAAGGAGAACUCUAUACCCCAAGAAUUGGGGCGGAGUAUUGCAGCCGUACAGGUGCUACAGCGGAAGCACGAGGCAUUUGAACGAGAGAUUGCUGCCAUUGGAAACAAGGUGCGCGAGUUGAGCAAUGAGUCACUGCGCCUGGCAACCAGCUAUCCCGGUGCUAAUGCAGCUGUCAUCACCAACAGCAUGGAGGGGGUGCAGAGUGCAUGGGACUCCCUACAGACCUCCGCGGGGGCACGGAAAAGGAAGCUCAGGGCAGCACUGGAUCUACAGAAGUUCCUCGGAUCGGUUCGUGAUCUUGUGUCAUGGAUGAGAGACAUGGGGGGUGUGCUCCGUGCCGUGGAGGCGGGGAGGAGUGUGAGUGGUGUGGAGGAACUGCUGACUAAGCACAAUGAGCGACGAGCAGAAAUUGAUGCAAGGGAAGAGUCUGUUACCUCAGUUACCAAGGCUGGACGAAAACUGACUCAGCAAGGCCACUAUGCUAGUACUGAGAUUCGUGGCAGUCUGUCAGACCUAAAGAAGGAGAGCAGUCAUCUGCAAGAGGUGUGGGAGGAGCAGAGACAGCGACUGGACCAAAUGUUGCAGCUGCAGCUAUUCCUCAGGGAUGCCAAGAUUGUGGAUGCGAUGAGCAGUGCGCAGGAGGUCCAGCUGUCAGGGGAUAAGCUGGGGGAGAGUGUGGACGAGUGUGACGCCCUCCUCAAAAAACACGAGGCAUUCGAGCGUCUGAUGCAGUCUCAGGAGGAAAAGGUCUCAGCCAUGACAGAGUUUGCAGACCGACUCUCUUCUGAGGGUCACUACGAGGCAGUGGAGAUACGGAAGAGGAGAGCUGCUGUUCUUGAGCGGAGGUCAAAGGUCAAGAAAUCUGCUGUGAAACGGCGUCUCAAACUGGAAGAUUGUCGGAGGCUAACAGUGUUUUUACAGGACUGUGCUGAGGCUGAGAGCUGGAUCCAGGAAAAGCUACAGGUGGCUAAUGACGGUAGUUACCAUGACCCAACAAACCUCGAGAACAAGCUGCAGAAACACCAGGAGUGUGAGGCUGAAGUCAACGCAAACCAGCAAAGGAUCCAGAACAUUGCUCAGACUGGAGAGGGUCUCUUGGAGCAGAAUCACUACGCCUCUGAUGACAUCGGAGCGAGGAUAGAAGAGCUCUUCCUGAAGUGGGAAGAGCUUCGUGAGGCCACCGAGCGUAAGGGGGUGGGACUACAACAAGCUCUUUCUCUUGUACAGUUCAAUAGAAAAAUCGACGGAGUACAAAGUCUGAUACGAGACCGAGUUGCCGUGGCAACUAGUCAUGAAACUGGAAGGGAUUUGGAACAUUGCCAAGUGCUCAUCAGAAAGUUUGACGACUUCAGAAAGGAACUGACUGUUGACAAGAGUCGUCUUGACGAGGUAGUGGGUGUGGCCAAGUCUCUCAUUCAUGACGGGCACAGUGGGGCACACAUCAUCCAAGAGCAUCAGGAAUCCUUAAAGAGGAAGUGGGCGGAGCUCAAUUCCCUGGUGAACGAGCGAAGGGAGUCAUUGAAAGGGGCAGAGCAAGUGCACAAGUUUGUGCGUGAUGCGUCUGAGACUAAUGAGAGGAUGAGCGAAAAAGCCAAGACACUCUUGUCAGACGACUACGGCAAGGACCUGGCUGGAGUGGAGACUCUGAUUCGCCGCCACGAUGAACUGGAGCGUGACCUGACAGCAAUCGAGAACAAACUAGAGUUGCUUGGCAAGGAAGCUAAUCGGCUGGUUUCUGAGCAACCAACAAGCCAGGAACUGGUUGAAGAGAAACAAGCUGAGAUGCUGGACAACUGGUCCCAGCUGAUAGAGAGAGCCGAUGAGAGAAAGAACAACCUCCUCCAAUCACGGGAGCUCCAGCGUUUCCUCGCUGAUCUCCGAGACCUGCUGGUUUGGUCAAAGGACUUCCACGAGCGUUUGACCUCUGAUGACCUUGCCAAAAGCGUAGCGGAGGCUGAGCGGCUCCUGGCUAGUCACAAGGAGAGAAAGGGUGAGCUGGACAGUCGGCAAGAGAACUUCAACAGGAUUACUGAGAAGGGAGAGUCACUGGUGUCGGAGGGGCACUAUGCCUCCGGGGAGAUCCAGUCUCGUCUGCGUCAUCUUGGCGAAGAGCGUGACAAGCUCCAGACCACCUGGACCAACAGACAGGACAUGUUUGUGCAGUGUCAUGAGCUGCAGCUGUUCCUCAGGGAUGCUGAACAGAGAGAUGCCUGGCUGACCACUCAGGAAGCCUUCCUCGCCAAUGAAGAUUUAGGAGAUAAUCUGGACAGUGUAGAAGCUCUCAUAAAGAAGCAUGAUGACUUUGCAAAGUCUCUGGACACACAAGAGGAGAAGUUUGUGUCCCUCGACCAAUUUGCAAAGACCCUAAUUGCAGGAGGCCAUUAUGACACUCUGGCCAUCUCUACACGAAGAGACAUUGUCUUACAGAGGUUUUCGACCGUCAGGGAGCUGGCUGAACUGAGAGCAUUGAAGUUGGAGGACUCAAAGAAAUUACAGCAGUUUUUGAGAGAUGUCUAUGAGGUCGACGGCUGGAUUGGGGAGAUGAUGAAGACAGCUUGUGACGAGAGCUAUCGUGACCCGACCAACCUCCAGACCAAGCUGCAGAAACACCAGGCAUUCGAGGCAGAGCUGGCUGCCAACAAGGGGAGAGUAGACGGUGUGUGUGGGGUAGGACAAGAGCUGAUAGACCACACCCACUAUGCCUCGCACGAGAUCGAAGGUCAUAUUGUGGCACUACACGACCAGUGGAGAGAGCUGGACGAUAAGUCUGAGGACAAAGGUCAGAAGUUGCGAGAUGUGUGGGAGGGUCAGCAGUUCCUUCGAGCUGUGGAGGACGUUGAGGUGUGGAUAGCGGAGAUGGAGACACAGCUGUCAUCCGAGGACACGGGUCGCGACCUCAUCUCAGUCAACAACCUCCUCAAGAGGCACGAGCUGCUGGAGAACGAUAUUCAGUCUCAUCAGGACCACAUUGAUGACAUCAUGAGCAGGGUGAGACGUUUCCGUGACAACAACCACUUCCAGAUUGACCUCAUUGAAGAUCGGGGAAGAGAACUUGUGGCUAAAUACUGUGAACUGGAAGAUCCCAUGGCAUUACGCCGUGGCCAGCUGGAGGACUCGGUACAGCUGCACCAGUUCACUCACGACAGCAACGAGGAGAUGAGGUGGGUGAGAGAGAGGGAGCCGGCUGCAAACAGCACGCUACUGGGGGACAGUCUCACCAGUGUGCAGGGACUCAUCAAGAAGCAUCAGUCCCUUGAGACCGAGCUCACAAGUCAUGAGGCUGUACUGAUGGGUGUAGUCAACAGGGGGCGAGAGCUGAUUACUGCAGGUCACACUGCCUCCGAGACCAUCAACAAUAAGGGAGCGGAACUUCUAGAGGCAUGGUCCAGUCUCUCAGAGGCAGCUGCCAACAGGACUCAACUGCUCAAUGACUCACAAGCUGCACAGCAGUACUAUGCUCGAGCUCACGAAGCUGAGUCCUGGAUCAAUGAUCGUGUUCCCGUGGUAACUGACAAACAGUAUGGGGCCAACGAGGACAGCACACUGGCACUCCUUAAGAAACACGAGGCUGUGGAGGCCGAGAUUGAAGGCUACAAAGGUCGAGUGGAGGAGCUGACAGCUGAGAGUGAGGGAUUGAUUGAAAGGGCACAUUUCGACAGUAUCUCUGUAGCAAAGAAACAGGAGUCGGUGGAGAAAUUGUACUCUGAUCUUGUACAACUCUCGGCAGCCCGAAACCAUGCUCUAAUUGAAGCCCGCCAGCUCCACCAGUUCACGAGGGAGUGUGAGGAUGUGGAGGCGUGGGUGUGUGAGAAGGAGCUUGUUGCUGCUAAUGAGGACCUUGGAAAAGAUGUGGAGCACGUAGAGGUAUUGAUUAAGAGGUUUGCCGAUUUCGUACAUGACGUCUUGGCCUCAGAGGAGAGGGUAACAAAGGUUGACAGAAUGGCACAGUCGCUGCUGGAUGCUAACCAUAGUGAAUCAGCCCAGAUUGGGAACCGCCGUGAUAUCAUCAAGCAGCUAUGGUCAGACCUGAGGGAGUUGGCAGAUGCUCGCACACAGGCCCUCGCAAGUGCCAAAGAGAUACACACUUUCGACCGAGACGCUGCUGACUGCAAAGAGAGGAUACAGGAGAAGGAUGCCUCUCUGUCCAGUGACUACGGCAAGGACCUCGCCAGUGUGCAGGCUCUGCAGAGGAAGCACGAGGGAUUCCAGAGAGAUUUGGAUGCUCUUGGACAGAAGGUCAAUGUUAUCUCAGAAGAGAGUGCACGUCUCUGUCAUGCCCAUCUCGAGUCACAUGACCAUAUCAAAGAGAAAGAAGAGGGUGUGUUUACUGUGUGGACGGCACUUGUUAAGAGGUCGAAGAUCAGAAAGGACAAACUGGUACAAGCUGAGCAGCUGCAGCGAUUCCUCAACACUUUCAGAGACUUGAGCUCUUGGGUGAGUGAGAUGUCAGGUCAGCUGGUGAUGGACGACCUCCCAGAUGAUGUGGAGGGAGCGGAGUCUCUGUUGACCACUCAUGCCGAGCACAAGGUGGAGAUCCAUGCACGAGACGAACAGUUUGAGGCUUUCAAUAAUAAGGGGGAGUCCCUCAUCAAAGCACAUCACUACGCUACCAGUGAGAUUCGUGACAAGAUGUCAUCCAUUGACUCAGCUCACUCUGAGUUACUGAAGCUGUGGGAGACCAAACAGGACGAGUACCAACACCACCACGACACACAGGUGUUCUAUCGUGAUGCUGAACAGGCAGAGUCCUGGAUCACAUUCCGAGAGGGUUUCCUAGGCAACGAUGAUGAGGAACUCGGGGACUCAGUUGACACAGUGGAAGAGUUGCUACGGAAACAGGAAGACUUUGAGAAGAUGUUGGCCGCUCAGGAGGAGAAGUUCGUACAGCUCAACCGAGAAACAAAGGUCGAGGAGAGAGAUCGUAAACGACGAGAUUUAGAGGAGCAAAGACAGAAGGAAUUGGACGAACAAAGACGACUGGAAGAGUUGGAGCAGCAACGUCGUGAGCAGGAGAGGCUGAGAUUAGAAAAAAUACAGAGAAAAGUCGAGGAAGAUCGUAGACGACGUGAAGAUGAAGAGAGGGCGGAGAAGCAGCGUCUUGAGGAUGAGUCAAGAGCAAGGAAAGAGAAAGAAGAGAGACAGCAAAGACUUCUUGAAGAGGCAGUACAAAAGCGGCGGGACAGAGAAAAGACAUUGCUGGAGUCCCUGGAAACGCAAACAGCCCCGUCAUUCCAGUUGAAGGGUGAUGACAUUGCACUAGAGGGAGUGCUCCAUCGUAAGAACGAGUUGGACGAGGGUGGUCGUAAAGCAGCUGUUCGCUCGUGGAGGCAGUACUAUACUGUCCUUGUUGGGCCUCUACUGAAUUUCUACAAAGACAAGAAAGACGUUCAGUCCUAUCUGUCUGCCUGUCCCCCGAUCAAUGUGAGUCAGGGCACGUGUGAGGUGGCUGCAGACUAUGUGAAGAGGAAAAACACCCUUAGACUUAGGUUAGUGAAUGGAGCCGAGUACCUGUUCUCUGCCAAGGAUGACAAUGAGGUCUCCUCGUGGGUGUCUGCCAUAAACUCAGCCAUUAGCCAUGCCCCAUCUCAGACCACACCCACUCUACGACAGACCAAGUCUGCAUAUGGCUUUAACCCUCUCACAUCUGCUCCGUCACCUGCGACACAGCCUGGUAAUUCUAACCCGCUGAGUGUGAGCGCUGGUCCAGCGAUGCUACGAGAGAUGAAAGACUCACUACCUGAGUCAUACCCCCCACCACCUCCACCCCCCACAAGCAUACCAGAGGACGAGGACGAGGAGUAUGAUGAACCUCCCCCUCCACCAUCCGAGAUGCCCCCAUCAUCAAAACCAGCUGAACCCUCGGAGAAACCGUCUGACAAGACACCACCACCAACAGUGAGAUCAGCACCAGCAGCAGAUAAACUGCCAGAGAAGCUGGAGCCGACACCCAUUCGAUCUCCCACCCGACAGGCCCCGGCCCCUCCACCACCUAAACAAGUACAUCCGCAGGAUCCGGCACAAGAGCCCAUUGCCACAGCAACCAAAGAAGCAGCCAUUAAUAAGGGCAAAAAGAAAAGUUUCUUCAAGUUUGGCUCAAAGAAGUAGUGCAUGGACUUGGCAAACUAUACAUAAUUAUAGCAUACUGAAAACAUGAUAAUUAUAUCAGUAGCGAUAGUAGAUUUAAUUGCUGUAUACCAUGCAAUGACUUAUGAUUUUUGUCAUUGCAAUAGAUAUUCAUAGAUCUUCUAGCCUAUGUCAAGAGAGUUCAUUAAUAGGAAGUCUUGUCUAUGCA